UCACUCUAAAACAAUAUCAAUUCGACAGAAAUCGUGUGGGAAAAGUGAAACUACCACUGCUUAACAGACUGAUAACCACGAAAAUAUAUUUACAAAGACUAUAGGGUAUUGCAAAAGUCCCUUAAAAUAUCAAUUUUAAGGGAAUAACACUUUAAAAACUGGAAACGUGGUUGUUGACAUUAUUUUAUUCUGGUAAUAUUGGCUUCAGAACUUGGCGGGACGCCAUCCUGCGCUGCAGAACGGGACAAUGCGCAUGGCAUAACCUAACCAAAGAGACUGAGAGAAUGAGGGAGAUAGGAGGGGGCCAACACUGUUCCUUUAAGGACCGUACAAAUUCAUCUGGGAGGCAUAACAUCGUCGGAGUGCUUCGUAGCGUUUAGGGAGUCGUUACGGUUAGACUGACUUACAUACAGUGUACUUACUGUCCGAGACGCAUGGGGUAAAAACGGAUUAUAACCAUGAAGAAAACUUGGAUUUUAUUCACUGCUCAAUUUCUGCUUUUACAAUUCACAGAUAAGGGCUGGUGCAGGCUCAUCCUGUCUCCCAGCGGUCCUUACACAGUGGUUCAGAAAGGAGGGUCUCUGAAUCUCCGUUGUCAUGGUGACGAGGCCCCUGGCUCCGUCUCAGCUGCCUCUGUUCUGAAGUGGCAGCGGGAGCGGGGUCGAAGGGUUGAAGGGGAGGGAGAGGAUGGCCAAGGACCCUUCAUCACCGUGGCGGCUGCACAGGCUUACCACAUGGGCCUCUACUUGUGCGUCAACAACCGCACCUCAGAACAGAGUUCAAUCUAUGUGUAUGUGAAAGACCCCCAGAACGCAUUCCAGCGCACCAUGGUGAACGGCAUUCUGGUCCGGGAAGGUGAGGACUGUACCGUGCCCUGUCUCGCUACUGACCCAGCGGUCACGCUACUGGCCCUGAACACCUGCGACGGGCGACUUCUGCCCUCUGACUUGCGUUACCGUGCCGACCCACAGCGAGGCAUCAUCAUUGCCAAGGCCAAGAAGGUGUACGAGGGCUGCUACAUGUGCGUGGGUGAACUGGGCGGAGUCCUGGUCAAUUCCAGCCAAUACACAGUGGAUGUUCGGCUGGCUCCGGAGAGUCCUCCCAUUAUCGACCUAUCACAGAAAGAGAAUGUGAUCCUGAGGAAGGGGGAAGAGUUCAAGUUGACCUGCAGCUCGUCCAAUGCCAACCCCGACCUCAUCCUCAAAUGGGAUUUCCCCAAAGACGCGCGAGUGUUUGAGACCCACAACUCAAAAAUCCUGCCUGGUGCUCGGGGUUACAAGCGCUCCACCAGUAUCUGUAUUACCUCUGUCAACCAAUCAGACGGUGGGGCAUACCGCUGCCACGCCCACAACGAGAGGGGCAAAACCACGGUGGUGCUUCAGCUCGAUGUCCGCGACCAAGGCUUUAUCCGUCUGUUGGAAGAGUCCAGGCCUACCCCGGCUCCGGUGAAAGAGGGAGAGAGCAUAAGCCUCAGGGUGGAGUUGGACUCAUACCCCAGACCCAAAACCCUCUCCUGGGUAUACAAGGGCAAGGUGCUCCGCAAUACCACAGAGCAUGUCAUCACCAUCCAACGAGAAACAUAUAGGUAUAUCAGUGAGUUAAAGCUGGUGAGGGUCCACGGUUCUGAGGGCGGGAUCUAUACCUUCUCAGCCGAUCACGAAGACGCCUCUCUCAAUCAAUCCUUCCCAGUCUAUGUCAUCAGUAAGCCAGUCAUCAUUUCCCAGGAGGGCCCUCAUCACGGACAGGUGCGGUGCGUUGCCGUCGGUUACCCAGCCCCCCAGAUCAGCUGGUACUAUUGUGAACUGCCCCACACGCGGUGCUCACACCUGGCCAACGCCACCCAAUGGGAGCCGCAGGAGGUCGUCGUGGUAACUGUAUCCAACUCAGGCUUUGGGCGGCAGGAAGUGGAGAGCCGGGUGAACGUGAGCAAGGAGCAUGCACACCACCACACCCUGGAGUGUGUGGCGACAGCACACGGAGAACAGGCCUACACACUGUUCGCUAUGGGUGAGCGCAUAGUGGCCCAUGAGCUCUUCACCCCUCUCCUCUGUGGCGUGGUGGCUACUGCUGUCAUACUGAGCGUCAUACUGGUGGUGCUGCUGUACAAGUACAUGCAGAAACCCAAGUUCCAGAUCCAGUGGAAGGUUAUUGAGAGUAUCCAUGGCAACAAUUACAUCUACAUUGACCCCACCCAGCUCCCCUAUGACCCCAAAUGGGAGUUCCCUCGGCAGAAACUACGCUUUGGAAAGACGCUUGGCUCCGGGGCGUUUGGUAAAGUCCUGAGGGCCACAGCUUAUGGUCUCGGCUCACCAGACUCGGUAGUGACCGUCGCUGUCAAGAUGCUCAAACCCAGAGCUCACUCCACUGAGAAGGAAGCUCUGAUGUCAGAGCUGAAAGUUCUCAGUUACCUCGGCAACCAUGUCAACAUUGUCAACCUGCUUGGGGCCUGUACUGUCGGAGGCCCCACGUUAGUGAUCACAGAGUACUGUUGCUAUGGAGACCUGCUCAACUUCCUGCGCAGGAAGAGGGAGACGUACUUCAGUUCCCAGAGUAACGACGGUUACUACCGCAACGUCCCCAACCAGAGAGAAUCCUCGGGCAGAGAGGGAAAUGGUGCAGGGUACAUGUCCAUGCGUCCGUCUGAAAGAGACUCAGAUGACAAGAAUGCUCUUUCUAUAGACGAUCUGUCUCUGGACACCGAAGAUCUUCUCAGCUUCUCCUACCAGGUGGCUAAAGGCAUGGAGUACAUCACGUUCAAGAACUGCAUCCACAGAGACCUGGCAGCCAGAAACAUCCUGCUGACUCAGGGUAGAGUUGCCAAGAUCUGUGACUUUGGCCUGGCCAGAGACAUCACUACCGACUCCAACUACGUCCUCAGGGGAAACGCUCGUCUCCCAGUUAAGUGGAUGUCGCCGGAAAGUAUCUUUGACUCUGUCUACACCUUCGAGAGCGACGUCUGGUCCUACGGCAUACUGCUCUGGGAGAUCUUCUCUCUUGGUAGCAGUCCUUACCCAGGGGUACAUGUGGGCUCAGCCUUCUACAAGAUGAUUCAAGAUGGCCAUCGGAUGAGCAGCCCUGACUUUGCGCCCAAUGAGAUGUAUGAAAUUAUGCUACUUUGCUGGAGCCAGGAUCCGCUGAAGAGACCUUCCUUCAGGAAGCUGGUGGAGAGGGCCGAACUACUACUGUCAGAGAACACCAAGAACGUGUACCUGAACCUGAGCAGUGCGCCUGUCCCUCCACAGCAGCAGAGGGCGCCCUCACGGAGGCUGAGCUCCGUCUGCAGCACCACCGCCCCCACCCAGCCUCUGCUGCUCAGCACCGCCGACGUCUUCCUGGACUACGACACUGUCUGAGACACACACACACACACACUUAUACACCUUCCUGCCUGCCUACCUCCUCGACUAUGCUACACAGUCCAGUGCUCUGCUCUCGCUCUCUCGCUCUCUCUCUCACACACACACACACACACACACACACACACAUACAAUGCAGACCUGCAUUGGCCUCUCUCCACCCAUUUGUGGUAUAACUAUAUUGAUCCCUGGUGUAUUCCAAGUGCAUGUCUACAGCUGACUCAGCAGUCCUAACCGGCCUUGAAAACCCAUGACAUCAUAGAACACGACCCUAACGAAUGAGGUGUACAUUCAAAACUGUGUACGUGUUGACGCACUCAAAGGAUAACAGAUCAAAAUCGUUUAGAGGAGGGAUACAGAAAAACCAAACAAAUGACUAACAAUUGCUUGAUCAUAAAUAAAAAGCCAUAACAGAACGGUAUGAAUUGACAGAACUGAUUGUGUUUGGCCUUGGUAACUAAAACUAUUUACCUACAAAGCCAUAUAUAUAUGAAAGUAUAUGGAAAUACUGUUUUGUGUUUUCACUUAAAAUGUUUUGCGAAGAGGUGAAUAUACUGCUGAAUUUAGAAAUUCUUUUGAACGAGUGUUUCUGCCUUUGCGUCGGACUACUAGUUGACAUUGUGGGUAAUGUAAAUACAAGUGUAACCAUCCUUUAAACUAUUUUAGUUAUGUAUGUAUGUAUGUGUGUAAUGUAUGAGUUGUUUGUACUGGCAGUUUCAGAAUUUAGACUAUGUAAAUAUAUACAUGUCUGGCUCCUGGUUUGUAAAGAAUGUUUUGAUAGGUGUCUGCAAUGUAUGUGCAAACAAGCUUCAGAAUUGUUACGAACGGUUUUGAGGUUUAUGCAGUUUUGAUAAAGAGUGUUGAUUGUAAUACAGAAAGUAAAUAAAUAUGUACCAUUUG